AUGGCUCUGGGCCCCGAGCCAGUGAGCAGGUCCCCCGAGCUGGCUGCGACGGGCAGCCCUGUGCCCGAACCGUCUGGUGCCCCCAACGCAUCCAUCAAUGGCUCCUGGGCCGGCACAGCGGAGCCCAGCUCCCUGGAGGACCUGGUGGCCACUAGUGCCAUUGGGGCAGCGCUCUCGGCCAUGGGCGUGGUGGGUGUGGCAGGCAACGUGUACACGCUGGUGGUCAUGGGCCGCUUCCUGCACGCCUCGGCCUCCAUGUCCAUCUACGUCAUCAGCCUGGCGCUGGCUGACCUGCUCUACCUGCUCAGCAUCCCCUUCAUCGUGGCCACCUAUGUCACCAAGCAGUGGCACUUUGGCGAAGUGGGCUGCCGGGUCCUCUUCAGCCUGGACUUCCUGACCAUGCACGCCAGCAUCUUCACCCUGACCGUCAUGAGCAGCGAGCGCUAUGCCGCCGUGCUGAGGCCCCUGGACACAGUGCGGCGCUCCAAGGGCUACCGCAAGAUCCUAGCUCUGGGCACGUGGCUGCUGGCCCUGCUGCUGGCCCUGCCCAUGAUGCUGGCCAUCCGGCUGGUCCGCAGGGGCCGCAAGAGCCUCUGCCUGCCAGUCUGGGGCCAGCGUGCCCACCGCACCUACCUGACGCUGCUCUUCGGGACCAGCAUCGUGGGGCCCGGCGUGGUCAUCGGGCUGCUGUAUGUGCGCCUGGCCCGGGCCUACUGGCUGUCCCAGCGGGCCUCCUUCCUCCAGACGCGGCGGCUGCCCAACCCCAGGGUGCUCUACCUCAUCCUGGGCAUCGUGCUGCUCUUCUGGGCCUGCUUCCUGCCCUUCUGGCUGUGGCAGCUGCUCACCCAGUACCGUGGGGCCCAGCUGCUCACGCCCCGCGCCACGCGCAUCGUCAACUACCUGACCACCUGCCUCACCUACGGCAACAGCUGCGUCAACCCCUUCCUCUACACGCUGCUCACCAGGAACUACCGCGAGCACCGGCGACGGCCGCCCCGCCCCCGGGGAGUCAGCCGGCCCGGGCGUGCCGGCCCCUUCCUGCCACGUCGGGUCCGCUUCCAGCGCGGCUCCGGCCGCUCGCUGUCCUCCAGCGGCCAGCAGGCCACCGAGACCGCCACAGCGUCCCAGGCGGCCUCGAGAGUGGUCUGCGCCUGA